CCGGCUACGGCCCUGCGCUUCCCGCGACUGCCUGCGCCGCGCCGCCUCCUCGUGUGUCCCCCCCCUCCCCGGCGCGGUGGUAGGGCCCGGCAGCGACGUCACCCAUUGUUUACAAAUCAACCUGAACCAGUAGGAUUUCGGCUCCCGCGGCUGCAGGCUCGCGGCGCGAGUGCCUGGCGGGCUCCGGUUACCUCCUCGGCCUCGGCUUUGGCUUCAGCACCGCGCCCGGCUCCGCCGCGGCCCAGCGAGCCCCCGGGACAGCCGAGCCGCCAGCGACUCCCGCACAGCUCCGGGUGCCGGCGCGGGAGGCCAUGCCGUGCCGGAGGGAGGAGGAAGAGGAAGCCGGCGAGGAAGAGGAGGAGGAGGAGGACAGCUUCCUACUGCUGGAACAGUCGGUGACUGUGGGCGGCUCGGUUGAGGUGGACCGGCUGGUGGCCCAGAUCGGCGAGACGCUGCAGCUGGACGCGGCGCAGGACCGCCCUGCCUCCGCGUGCGCGCCCCCGGGGCCGCCACUGCGGCCCCCGGCGGCGGUGCGAGCGGACAAGGCUCGGUCCCCAGCGCAGCCGCUGCUUCUACCGGCCGCGUCGGUCGAGGCUGGGGGCCCGGCGUCCCCGGGGGCCUUGCGCUGUGCCCUCGGGGACCGCGGCCGCGUGCGGGGCCGGGCUGCGCCCUACUUUGUGGCUGAGCUCGCCGCUGGAGCCAGCGCGUUACCCGGGCCGUGCCGGCGAGGAUGGCUGCGGGGCGCCGUCACCUCCCGCCGCUUGCAACAGCGACGAUGGCCCCCAGCUGGGGCGCGCGCCAACGACGACGACCCGCACCGGCUUCUGCAGCAGUUGGUGCUCUCGGGGAACCUCAUCAAGGAGGCCGUGCGGAGGCUCCAGCGAGCAGUCGCCGCGGUGGCAGCCACAGGCCCCGCGGGUCCCCCCGGACCGGGGGCCAGCCGCGGCCGACCGGACCCUGUCUCCCUUCAACCCUCCGGCGCUUUGCACUGACGCAGGGCCCCUGGAGGAAGAAAAAGAAGCCGCUGCGCGGACCCUACGGCGUCCUACUUAACCCAACCUUGAGCUGAAGCCGCCGUUGCCGUUCUUGGAGCGACCGCCUAGACUGCAAGGAGGCGUGUGGGGAGAGACCUCAAGCCGAGAAGUUACUGGCCCCGGUGAGGCUGUCGGAGAAAACUUGAGCGUGGAGAAAUACGCGGGGCUGGUUGCGUUCGUGUCGCGUGAGAAUUAACCCCGGCCCCAGGGACCUGGGACAAAACUGGGAGAACUAUGGCAGCUAUUUGCAUCAACUUGUACCUGACUUAACCCUUGGGGAUGUCGUGUGCUAGGAUUGUUUAAAGAUUCGGCUUCAAGGGGCGAGAAUCGCGAGGGCUUUAUAACAAUACUUGAAAACUGAUGACUCGAAUACAUUUUCUUUAUUUUCCGGUGGAGGAGCUUAGUGAAAAUGGUGCUACAAUCGCUGCGCAAAGAAAUUCCAGAGAGAAGAAGAAUGUAAAAGCUUGGUGGUGGGUGGGCUGGGAUGCCAGCCGCCUUACUCUCCCACCUCAUCCGGUGAUUGAUCGAGGUGGGAGAUGGGAACUCUAGUAGUCUGGGGCUGGGAGGUGGAGAAUUUUGAAGGUGGGUCGACUUGGAUGUGGACUUUUAAAUGCCUUGACCUUGCCACCUGUGAUUCAAGGUCAUGGUGUGCUGUAGGUGGAAGGCUGUGGGGUUCCUAGAAAAGCUAACUCACCCCUGUCUUUCUUUUCUCUUGUUCCAAGAAGAGUCCUGUUUAUGCUUUGCUACCUCUUGGAGCGGACAUACAGAUGUAAGGAGAAUUACUUGUUUAUUCUGUGCUUACUUUCUAUCCAGAACUCCUCCGGUGAGGCCACUCUUGGCCAUGCCCUGAGCUUUCUCAGAAACAGUCAUAAACAAUCCCUUGAGUCUCUCCUGUCCUGCCUGGCCUUUCUUAUUCCACUGUUUCUGAUGUCUGCACUGCAUGGAUGAGAACCUGGCUGUUUGUCUGCUCUGUUUUGGCCCUCCGUGGAGCCAGGAGCCUGAGUCUCUUGAGGGUCCUCACCUCUCUGUUGCCUCUAGGUACCAGCUCUUUGUGAGUGACAGAAACUGUGUUUUAAAUGUGACUCUCCAAGAGGAGAAACUGCUGGCUUUACCCGUAUGAAACUUAUGAAACUUGAGGGCGCUUUAAAUAAGGUGCCACCCCCAAACUUAAAGGGAGUUUAACUAACUUUUUUAAAAAAGAUUCAAUGGCUUGCUCAUCCUUCAGAUGUAGCUGUUGACAUACACUUCGCACCGGAGUGUCUGAAAUUGUGGUGGUCCUGUUUCUAGGAUUUCUUAAUUAAAAUGUCUGCUGAAUAAAUUGGGUUUUUGUUUUGGA